GCUAUGCUCCUCCGGAGAUGGUCUUGGGACGGAGAUAUGUUCCGCAGAUGUGUGACGUUUGGAGCUGUGGGGUCAUCCUUUUCGUCAUGGUCUGUGGGUUCUUGCCCUUCGAGGACUCCAACACGUUGGCGCUGUACAAAAAAAUCGUGGCAGCCAAAUACAAAGCCGCGUCCUUUAUCACCGUCUCCGUGAAGGAGCUUAUCGCAGGGCUCUUGACUGUGGACCCGGCUGCACGCUUCACCAUUGCGAAGGUGAGAGCACAUGCGUGGUACCGCCAAAUCCCCGAG